CUACUCACCCCUUACGUUACUCUACAUAUCUGGCCUUCCAUUUCCAUGGCUUCCGCCACUGUCUUGCGCCUCCAUCUGUAUUGGCUAUGGCUCGGUUUCAAGGUUAUACUUCAGCUAUAGUACAACCUGUCGAAUGCUUUGCACCACGAUUUCUCUGUAUAAUUACUAUUUAAAAGGUACCCUUUUUUAAAUACCCUUUCAAUGUUUGACACUUUCAUUUCAAAUUAAUGUAAUACUUCGGAUUUGUUGAAGUUCACUUAUACUUUCAAAAGGGCGUCGUCCACAGUCCACUACUAGAAAAUGGAGGAUUAUAAAGGAACAGAGUAGGAAAAAUCAUUACUAUCUAUUAUUAUGGGUGUUUUUUUAGAGAAACUGGUAAAAUAGAAAAUGGACUGAUCCAUUUAUGUAGGAAAUUGAGUAUAACAACAUAAUACAAAAUUAACAAUAUACUCCUUAUAAUUUACGUUGGAAAGCAUCAUGGUUUUUUUAUUUAUUACUUCAAUUUCAUAAAAUUUGAUCAAAAGCUAAUCAACAUUUCGAUUAAAAUAAUUAAAACUCCGUAUUUGAUAUUUCCUAAAGGAAGCCAUACUAACAAGAAAAGCCAAAGAACAGUGUCUUUCCUCUUCAAGUUUUCAUUCACGGUCUUUGUGCUAUUGGCUGAUUAUGUUCUUAUCCGUUGUAAAACGAGCAUCAUAGCUUUAGCAUGACAAAUCCUAGUUCAAUAACUAAAACAUAUGUGCUUUCACUCUUUAUGUAUUUAUUCAUAAGACUGAUCGCAUUGGGGAGGAGUGAACCCAAAUGUGAGGUUUUCACCCCAAAAUAGUUGCAACUCAGCCCAAAAACGUAUAGGGAGGGCAUAUAAUGAAUAAAAAUGGGAUGUGUACACGGCGGGUUACACGCCCGUGUACACAACAUAAAAACCCCACCCUCUAAGGAACUAACCCACCCCACCCCCCUUUCUACUGAAAUAAUCUUCCCCCAAUGAAAAUACCUGCCAACCGCUUCUCUUCCCUCUCUCCCAUGCGCCCCUUCACUUUCCCGAAUUCCCACAAAAAAACACCCAAAUCUCCUCUCCCGUUUGAACUAAAAACCCACGAAACCCCUCCCUCAACUCAUAUGUCCACCCCUGAACUUCAACCCACGAAACGUUGUCCUAACUCACGAAUUGUGGAAUAGGCUCCCUCACCUAUUACGUGUUAUUACUUGGAAAAGGGAAGAUUACGUUGAAGACGACCUCCAGUCUUGGCAAGUUGUUUCAGUUCAUGGUGUCCCCCAACAAUGGUGAAUGUGGAAUGAUGGUCUUAAGUAUUGCGGAGCACCCAAGGUUGUCAAAGUCGUGCGCCUGAGCGCUUAAGCGCACCAGGCACAACGCCAAAGGCCUUCAACGCUCUGCAGAAGCCAAGUCACAACAUCCCCUCUGAAGCGCAGGUUAUGCGCAGCAACGCUAUUAAGCGCUCGCAUAAGGCGCCUGAGAGGGGAAAAUGUAUUUACGUCAACUUUAGUUCCUUUAACAUGUGUGGUCAAACAAAGCACCUUUAAGAAGUCCAUAUUUUUAUCAAAGCCCAUGUAAAUAAGGUCAAAACAACUUGACCUACGCUAAACACAUAACGUAAACAUCCUCCCGCUCUGCUCUGCUCUACUGUACCUUUGCAACAUCCUCCUUUCCCUCCACAUCAACCGCAGAAGCUUGCAGCAGUCCAGGCGUCCAGCACUCAACGAUCAAAGACAUGGAAGGUGGAACUCCAGCCACGGCUUCUGAAGCUGCUAAGUCAACAAAAAAUGACCUAGCUUGGAAUCACAACUAUUGUGCUGACCCAAACAAUCGAAAAUGUAGUAACUUGCAUUUACGGUGGAAAGGAAACAAAUGGGGGGCCAAAUAGGAGGUGAUAGGAAUGUGAAAGCUUGUUUGAAAUGCCCAGAAGAUGUUAAAAAGUUGCUAAAAGACUAGACUAUAUGCAAUCAAAAAAGGAUGCUAAGAUCAACUACGAUAAACUGCUAGAGCAUCAUGAUUUUGAUGCAUUUCAUGAUUUGGAGGACGAUGACACUGAAGUUGAGGAGCUGGAAACUGAUAGUAGAUGCCACCUUAAAAGAAUUCGUGGUGUACAGAAGGGAAAGGCACCUGUAAAGAAGGGAAAAACAUAAAAGGACCUAUGGACGCUUUUAUCCACAAAAAGCCAGAAACUGUGGUCGAACUUCGAAAGUAAGGAAACUAAAACAGUUGAAGAUUGAUGAGAAGUUGGAUAAGCAAAGAAGAGAGGUAGCUAUUCAAUACAUAUGCAACAUGUUUUACCAUAAUGACAUUCCUUUCAAUGUUGCCCGAUCACAUUCAUUUGAAUGUGCUGUUGAAGCAAUUGGACAAUAUGGUCCAAAUUUGAAACCUCCUAGCUACCAUGAAUGAGGGUUACAUGUUUCAAGAAAGAAGUUGCCAACAUGCAGGAUAUGCUAGCUGAACAUAGAGCUCUGUGGGUGAAACAUGGCUGUUCAAUUAUGGCAGAUGGUUGGAUUAGCACCACAAGUCAGUGUAUUGUGAAUUUCUUAGUUCAUUCUCUGGCUAGAUGUGUGUUUGUCAAAUCUGUGGAUGCUUCUGCAUAUUCAAAGACGGGCGCAAAGGUAUUAGAACUACUUGAUGGAUUUGUUGAGUAUGUAGGAGAGGCUAAUGUGGUCCAAGUGGUUACUGAUAAUGGCCCUAAUUUUAAGUUAGAUGGUAAAUUGUUAGAAACUAAGAGACUAAACAUAUAUUGGACAACAUGUGGUGCGCACUGCAUUGAUGGGCAGCUGCCUUUGGUUUAAAAAACCUUAAGAUGGGCAAUGAGUUUGACUAGUUUUAUUUAUAACCGUGUGGGAUUGUUGAACUUAAUGAGGAGGUACACAGGGCAAAGAAAUCUGAUCAGACCCGGGAAGACAAGAUUUUGUACUUGCUACCUCACGUUAAAGAGCAUCUACAAGCAAAAGGCUAAUCUUCGGGCUUUGUUCUCCAAGAGUGAUUGGAAUUCUAGCAAGUGGAAAAAAGAGGCGGUGGAAAACAAGUCGAAGACUGUAUGAUGAAGCCUACAUUCUGGGAUAAUGCUUAUUACAUACUCAAACUUAUGGGCCCUCUUGUGAAAACUCUUCGACUUGUUCACAACGAAAGAAAACCAGCUAUGGGCUACAUCUAUGAGGCUAUGGAUAGAGCCAAAGAAGCCAUAAUAAAAGCUUUUAAUGGAAGAGAUGAUAAAUAUAAAGAAACAUUCAAAAUCAUUAAUUCUAGAUGGCAAGAUCAGCUUCACCAUCCACUUCACGCAGUUGGCCAUUACCUCAACCCUGCCUAUUUUUAUGCCGAUCCGCAAAUUGAAUUCAAUAGUGAGGUCACGACUGGACUGUAUGCUUGCAUAGCUAAACUGGUUUCUGAGAAUGAAGAACAACUUGUUAUUAUUGAUGAAUUGUCAAAGUACACAAGGGCUAAGGGUUUGUUUGGCAUCAACUUGGCAGUUUUGACAAGGAAGACCAAGGCACCAGCUGAAUGGUGGCGCUUGUAUGGGAGCACAACUCCCAACUUACAAAAAUUGGACAUGAGAGUUCUUAGCCUCACGUGUAGUGCUUCAGGUUGUGAGCGUAACUGGAGUGUGUUUGAACAGGUACAUUUUAAUCAGCACUCCUACGAAUUAAUUGUUAAACACUUAAACACUUUUAAGUUAAAACACUUAAAGCACUAAAAGAAGUAAUUUUUAUUUUUGUAUGUUCUAGAUUCACACAAAGAGAAGGAACAGGCUAGGAAUGCAAAAACUAAAUGAUUUAGUUUUUGUGAAGUAUAUAAUACAACUUUGAAAGCUCGUUUUGACUCCAAAGAUAUCACAGAUCCAAUUGCUUUAGACAACAUAGAUGAUUGCAAUGACUGGUUGACUGGAAACACUAAUCAUCAAAGUGCUGGAGAUGAUUUAGUUUUCAAUGAUGAGGAAGAUGAUGGCUUGACAUGGGGUGCUAUCAGUAGAGCAACAAAAGUGCAAGAACCCUUAAAAUAUACUAGAAGGCAGUCCACAAUUCAUAGUGCAAGUCCUAGUCGUAGGCUUGUGGAUGAGGAAAGUGAUAGGGAAAUUGAAGAGGAUGUAGGAGGAUAUAAAUCAGAUAAUGGAGAACAAACAAACUCGGAUUUUAAUGACGAAUAGUCCUGCAAGAAAUGGGCAGUUGGACUACAAAUCUAAAAUCUAAUUAUGUUUUAUUUUCUAGUUUUAGUGUUCAAGACUUUAAGUGAAUCAUGAGUCAUGAUUUUACUUUGCUUAAUCACUUAAUCAUGACUUUAUUUUGGUCCAUCACGACUUUAUUUUGGUGAAGCAUGACUUUAUUUUUAAGAAACAUUACUUCUUAAUGUAUUUCCUUGAAUAUGGUGAACUGGUACAUCAUGUUUGAGUGUUGGAGAAUAGAAUGUGUUAUUUUUUCUAAGCAGUGCGCUUGACAUGAGUCAGGCUAGCGCUUUUUUGCGCCGUGCGCCUCAGGCGCUGGGCUAACCCUGUCACCUUGAGUGCGCCUAACGCCUUUGACUGGGAGCACCUCAUGUUGGACCCCCCAUUGAUACCGGGGUGCGAGUACGACAAUAUGCAAUUAUGUAAUUUGGAAGAUGAAAGAUAACCCGCCUAUGAUGUCCAAUGAUGAAGAAUGAUGUAUAUUUUUGGUAUAUGUAAUUACAAAUACUUUGGUGGAUACAUUUUUUGGCAACUUAAGGUGAACAUACAUUGGUGGUUAGAUGUAGUCUUGUACAAUAUUGGUCGUGUCAUGUUGUACAAUAUU